AUGGACCGUCUCCGCCAACACCUCCGUCGUCGCCGAAGCAGCUCCGCCGGAACAACCCCUUCCAACAGUCACGGUACACCACUACAAUCUCCCCCAUCAGCCAAUGACAAGCACAGUCGUCGUCGCGAAGCAGAAGCCUCUCCCCCGCGCAGACUUUACCUGACCUCCGAUACUCCCGACUUCGACGCGGGGAUCCUAUCGCGCUACCGCGCUGAGGGAUUCGACGUCGAGUAUAUCCCUUUCCGGGGAUCAUACAACAAACCCGCUCACCUCCUCCUCGAAUCCCAUCACCAACCACUAACAGCCACAAAUCCAUUCCCAAGGCUUUGUGCCCUGGUGGCUUAUUACCCCGAUGGACCCAUCACCUCCACCACCAACACCAACAAUAACCUCAUCAGUACAUCCCCAGACACUGCUCGUGGAACAGGAAGUACAUCCUCAACAACGACACCUACAACCUACCCCCCCUCCAUCCCUCUCCUCUGUAUCCAGAUCCACCUCGCCGGUCCUUCCACAACCACCUCUUCAAUAGCAGAUAACCUCCUCAACAACACCAACAACCACCCCCGAAAACGCCAUCGCUGCCACGUCUUCACCUACCCCGAGUCCUCUCCCCGGUUUGCCGAGCCUUCUUCAUCGAACUAUGACAAGCUCUCCGCACGACUAGCAUGGUCCCGCGCCCUCGAGACCCUAAAGCGCGGCUUCGGAUGGCCCGCGACUAAAUGGCGAGUCCCGGAUGUGGAGAGCGUGUGGGAGGAGUAUUGGCGAUGCUUAUCUGCUUCUGGAGAAGGGGGCGGCGGUGGUGGUGGUAGUAGUGAGAGAGAUGAAGAAGACGAGCGCAGCCACCGCGCCGCAGAACUAGUAGGGUUAAUGGUGGGGAGUGGAAUGGGGACGGAGACAGAGACAUGCACGAUUGAAGAGUCGCCGGUCGUGGUGUGUGUGCCUACUUGUGCUGGUGGAACAACACCAUCCACCAUAACAAAAUUCUACACCAACAGCCACUUCCUCUCUCCCUCUCCCUCUAACCAAGCCAUCCGUCUCCUCUCCCGUACUACAGGGCCUGAUCGCAUCGUUGAUGAACUCCUCCUAACCUUCACGCAUGAUCGUGCCAUUCCCUGGUUACUGCCGAAUCUGCCCCCAACGGGGAAGGAGGUUAAAGUGGCGUUGGUGCUGGUGGCCAGUUUCACGGCGGGAAAGGUCGCCCGCGUGCAUGCUUAUUGGGAUCAGGCUAGUGUGUUGGUGCAGGUGGGGGUGUUGAAUCGAGAUCAUUUGCCGGUUGUUGGGGCCGAGGGGGUGGAUAUGGUUAUUUCUUAG